CUUGGCUUGCUCUUGGGAUGCUCUCUACUUAAAAUAAUUCUUUCUCCAAAACAACUCCUCAAUAUCAUCUUCUUCUCAAUAUAAGGAUACACAGCUCAAGUGGUUCAGCAACAGAAGAAGAUGUUGAAUUUACCCAAGGAAGAGCUUCUCUUCUUUGUUAGGAACCACUAUGAUAUCAUCUUGGCUGCAGUGCUUUCUAUAGGAGUAACGUUUUUCCUCUCCAAGCUAUUGAGAAGAGGCUCAGAUAGGACGGAUGGCAUUCCUGGCCGGCUCGGACUCCCUGUCGUUGGUGAAACUUUCUCAUUUCUGGCAGCAAACAACAGUACUAAAGGGUGCUACGAUUUUGUCAAACUCCGACGACUAUGGUAUGGAAAGUGGUUCAAAACAAGGUUAUUCGGAAAGCUCCAUGUCUAUGUUCCAACUGUUGAAGGUGCAAAAACAAUACUAACAAAUGACUUUAGACUAUUCAACAAGGGAUACGUGAAAUCAAUGGCAGAUGCUGUGGGAAAGAAGAGCUUGCUCUGUGCACCUCAAGAGAGUCACAAAAGGAUAAGGCGUCUUCUCUCUGACCCUUUCUCUAUGGGUUCUUUGUCCAAUUUUGUUCAGAAAUUCGACAACAUGCUGUCUGAAAGGCUGAAAAAAUUAGAAGAAGAUGGGAAAAGAUUUGUGUUGCUUGAAUUUAAUAUGAAGAUAGCCUUUGAUGCAAUGUGCGACAUGCUGAUGAGCAUCACGGAUGACUCGUUACUUAAACAACUUGAGAAAGACUGCACUGCUGUUUCUGAUGCCAUGCUAUCCCUUCCUGUCAUGAUUCCCGGCACCAGAUACUACAAAGGCAUCAAGGCUCGUAAUAGGCUCAUGCAAACAUUUGGAGGUAUGAUUGCCUGUCGACGGAGUGGAAAGGAAUCUCCUGAAGACUUCCUGCAGUCCAUGUUACAGAGAGAUUCAUACCCAGACAAUGAAAAGCUUGAUGAUUGGGAGAUCAUGGACAAUCUAUUAACAUUGAUCAUUGCCGGGCAGACUACAACUGCAGCUGCAAUGAUGUGGAGUGUCAAGUUCUUGGACGAAAACAGAGCAGUGCAAGACAGGCUCAGGGAAGAACAAUUGUCAAUAGCUCGAAACAAGCCAGAUGGAGCCUUACUUACUCUUCAAGAUCUUAACCGCAUGGCCUUUGGAUCAAAGGUAGUCAAAGAGACACUAAGAAUGUCAAAUGUCUUGCUGUGGUUUCCUCGUGUUGCACUCGAUGACUGCACAAUUGAAGGUUAUGAAAUAAAGAAAGGAUGGCAUGUUAACAUUGACGCAACUUGCAUACACAAUGAUCCAGCAUUGUACAAGGACCCUCUGCAGUUCAACCCUUCAAGAUUUGAUGAGAUGCCAAAGCCAUAUAGUUACAUACCUUUUGGAUCAGGACCCAGGACAUGCUUGGGGAACAAUAUGGCAAAAGUGACAAUGCUGGUGUUCUUACACAGACUCACUGGUGGAUACAAGUGGACGGUUGAUGAUCUAGAUCCAAGCCUAGAAAGGAAAGCACAUAUUCCCCGACUGAGAAGCGGAUGUCCAAUAACCUUGACGGCCUUAAAAUAUGGGAAAAAUACAGAAACAAGUUGA